UCCGCAGCUGCUGCUCAAACCAAACCAAACCAUAUUCAGACCAAACAAAAAUGGCUUCAGCAGCAUCGGCGACCUUUCGCCUGACUCAGCCCUCGCAAUCCCAUUCUCUCAAAUCAAAACCUCGUUUCACCUUCCCUUUCAAACCCCUCCUCACCUUUUCCCCCUUACACAAACAUCAAAAGCUCCAAAUCGCCGCAAAAUCUACCGAUGUCUCCAAAGAAGACAUACAACCGGCAUCAGAACCCGUAGCCGAAACCGACGACUUCGAUAAACGCAGGUUAGAGGAGAAAUUCGCAGUCCUAAACACCGGAAUUUACGAGUGUCGGUCGUGCGGGUACUUGUACAACGAGGCCGCCGGCGACCCAUCGUACCCGAUAGCUCCAGGGCUGCCGUUCGACAGAGUGCCGGACGAUUGGAGAUGUCCUACAUGCGGUGCUGCUAAGAGUUUCUUCGCGAGUAAGAGCGUGGAGAUUGCUGGGUUUGCUCAGAAUCAGCAAUUUGGGCUUGGGGGUAACACGCUGACUUCCGGUCAGAAGGCUAUCCUCAUCUACGGUAGUCUUUUGUUCUUCUUUGUGCUCUUCUUGUCUGGUUAUUUUCUUCAAUGACUACAUAUGGUAUAGAAGAUUUUUGUAAUAUCACCAUAAGUUUAUAUUCAUCAUCUUGUCUUCUUUCUUUCUUUUCUUCCUUUUAUAUAUCUAUCUAUCUAUCUAUGUAUGAUUCUUGAUUAGGAUUUUGAGAUCAAGAUUGUG